UUGUGUUCUCUUGCUUUCUUACAUUUUAUGCUACAAAACGAAAUUAGAAAAGGAAAAACCUCUGUAGGGGUUUUAUACGAGGGAAGUGAAGUUUCUUCUUAAUCAGAUGCUCUGGAGUCUGUAUACUCUGUUCUCAAAGCUCUUGUGCUUAGAUCCUAAAUUUUAGUACCCAUUGGAAUCCAAAAGGAGAACGGGACACUAUCCUUCAAGAGGUGUAGCGCCCGUUUUCUUGUGUCUCACCCGAAGAAAAAAAAGCUACAGGUUGGAAUUGAGGGGCAUAAUUAUCGAGAGGUUACAUCGUGGGAGAAUAUAAUGUGCAUAACUUUUUUUUUUUCCUAAUUUUAUGCGAUGGGUUCUGGGUUAACAGGUGUAAAUUUGGAGUUAGCUGUUUAAAACAAUAUGUUAACUACGGGUGUUAUUGAAUCAGUCAGUAGAAAGAUGUGUGCAUGGUAGAUGCUUGAUAAAAUGCUUCGAUUAGCUUGAAAGGUAAAGUUUAAGAUUUAUGUGUAUGAAAUUCUUGAUUUAGAACACGGGCUUUCAAGCACUGAAAAUGGUUUAGAAGUGCUGCCAGGCCUUCAAGAUUGCAAUAGAUUCACCAAAAUGGUUAAUGGUUGUGAGUUUGUGUAUGGUUGAUCAACAAGAAGUCUUCUUUACCUUGAUAGCUCUCUUGGUAACAAAUGUCAAUGCCAUUAGUUUUCCUUCAACUCAUACAGGCAGCAUAAAGAAGAUGCAGAACAAAUUUGUAUUGUUUCUGGAAUUGUACGAAUAUUGAAUGGACGUGUAUGCUGGAAUUGUAGAUUUCAGCAGUUCAGUUCCUUAAUGUUACAUUGAAAAAUCACCGCGGAGGUGCAUGAUUCCACAGAUGAAAGUUAAUAGCAUAAAAUGAGUUUGCCCAAAUUUUUGAUGCUUUAUAUAGAUUAAUAAGAUAUAGUUGUGUUUUACUAGUUUCCCAAGGGAAAUUGGGAUAGCAUCAAUAAGAAAAGAUCAGAGAAGAAAGGAAGUCUGAUGACUUCCAUACUUAAGACGAACCAUUUCAUUGGCUUACCGUGAAUGGAUCCUAAAAUUUCUUGCAAAUUUUGUUGCUAAUAGCAAAUAGCAAUUACUUUGAUAUAAUUUACCAAAGCAAAAAGUAAAAUUACUGUGAUAUGACAUUAGUGGUGACGAUUAAAUUCAAGCUUAACUAAGUGUAAGAAACAGUUCAUUAGAUUAACAACAUUAGUUUCCUAUCAGUUUACAUGUAUUCCACAUUCUAAUGAGAGUUUCCCUUUGGAUCAGUUUGUAAUAAUUGAUGAAACACUAAGUUCAUCUCCAGAAAUUCUGGUUGUGAUAUUCAUCUUUUUUCCUCUGGGACUUUCUAAUGAGUGAAAGAAACUUUUAUCUCUAACCAUGCAAAACAGCAAGAAAAAGUUAUCUUCAGCUAGUUUGGGAAAAUGGAAUUAGGAGAGUGUUGAACUAUCCUUAGUGGAAAUCUAAUGCCACUAAACUUAAUUUACCUAUGACACUGUAGCCACUGGAAAGAUGUGUCACUUUUUUGCAUGUUGGAUUAGUACCUGCAUCAUAACUGAAAGUGUUGAAAGUUGAAGAAUUAUGGUAUCAUGCAAGGUUAGUUGUUUGGGAUAUUUAGCUUUGCAUACAUGACCAACUGACUCUCUCUCUCUCUCACAUUUCUAAGAUUUAUUAGUCCGAGAUACUUGCUUUUGUUUAUAUACUGCUGAUAUAUUGCUUUCUUGAUAGCGUUAAGAGUGAUGUCAGGAGCAACAUCUCUUGGAAAGCUUGCCAGACAGUUCAGUCAAAUCAGACUAUAUGCUACCCAUCUCAAUGUGGAUGCUCGAUAUCCAGUUCGCAGCCUGAGAAGUGUAAGUUCAGUUUUAGACAGCCAAUCCAGCAGUGAUAGAGUGCCUCAGUUCCCCGAUGAAGAUGCUGGAGCUUUGUCCAGGAUCCGAAUAGGGGAAAAUAUCUCAAGGAAGGAUAAGGCCAAGUUUCUUGUCAGUACACUCGAACUCAAUGAUAGCAAAGAAGCUGUGUAUGGUGCACUUGAUGCCUGGGUUGCAUGGGAAAGGAAUUUUCCUAUAGGGCAACUGAAGAAUGUGCUGAUUAACCUUGAGAAAGAGCAACAGUGGCAUAGGAUUAUCCAGGUUAUAAAAUGGAUGCUAAGCAAGGGGCAAGGAAACACAAUGGGUACAUAUAAGCAAUUAAUUCAGGCGCUAGAUAUGGACCACAGGGCACAAGAAGCACAUGAAUUUUGGAGGAGGAAAAUUGGCUCUGACUUGCAUUCAGUUUCUUGGGAACUAUGUAAAGUAAUGAUUUCUGUUUAUUACCGAAAUAACAUGUUACAGGAUCUUGUAAAACUAUUUAAGGGGUUGGAAGCCUUUGAUCGUAAACCGCCAGAGAAAUCUAUCGUGCGGAAAGUGGCUGAUGCAUAUGAGAUGUUAGGUUUACUUGAAGAGAAGGAACGAGUAUUGGUUAAGUACGAGGAGCUAUUCAAGGAUAACAUGAAGGGGCCUUUUGCAAAUAGAAAGAGGCAACUUAAGAAGAAGACUUCAGGGAAGCUCAAGGAUGGUCCAGAAAUUGAGAGUCAUAAUGAUGUUUCCCUGAGUGGGCUAUAGAUUGUUUGUCCAUGCUCAAUAUGUACAAAAUGCAGCAUUGCCUUUAGUUUCUCUUCUGAAAUGGAGUAUAAGAAAAGCCUUUUCCUGUUCCAUUUAUUAUACUGUUGAGGAUCUUCUGAUUGUUAUUUCGUAGUUAAACAUCCUGCAAGCUUGCAUGUGUUUGGUUGAUUAAAUCUUUGGAGGUCCAAAAUUCCUAGAAUUCUUCUCGCCAGGACUCUGGUUGAGC